AUCCAGACAUCGCCCUCUCCUGGAUCCAAUCGGCAAUCCUUCUCUCUACGCUUACCCCUCCUUCCGACCUCUCUGCCCAGUCAUCCAAUGGUGGACCAACGAUCGGAACGAUCUUGCCAUUGGCGCUCAGCAUGUUACAGAAGAUCGCAGCCGGGCCGUCCCCGCCUGCUGUCGCGUACUUCUUGCGUGGCACCCUCGAAUCCUCCGGUGCCCACCCUCAAUUCUUCGAGCGCAACCCUCGCGCAGCAUUCAAGGACUAUGAGAAAGCUGCUCGUGCAGGAUAUGACGCAGCUUGGUUCCGCCUCGGGAGGGACUACGAGAGUGUCGACGACCUAGACAGGGCAAGAGACUGCUUCGAAAGAGGCGUGAAGUCAAAUGACAGGAGCUGCUUAUACCGAAUGGGUAUGGCGAACCUCCUAGGCCAACUCAAUCUACCAUCCAACCCUCCUGUCGCCUUUCCGCUUCUCAUCCGUUCUGCCUCUCUGGCAACAUUGGAAGUGCCGCAACCACCCUACGUUCUGGGCAUGAUCUUGCUCAACGAACUUCCCUCAAUCUCGAAUCUCCCCCUCGCCCUACUCCAUACUGCGUUGCCCGACCCAUCCGUCACACUACGGCAGCACGCACUGGCGCUCAUCCAGCGAUCUGCAUUCCUCCACUUCCCACCGGCGCAGUACAAGCUCGGCUAUGCGUACGAAAAUGCUCAACUCGGACUGCCGUACGACCCAACGCUGUCGGUGCGCUUCUAUUCGUGCGCAUCACAAGGCGGUGAGCUCGAGGCGGACAUGGCGCUGUCCAAGUGGUUCCUCUGCGGCGCGGAAGGGUAUUUCGACAAGGACGAAGGUCUUGCACGGACUUUCGCCGAGAAGGCCGCCCGGCGUGGACUGUCCAGCGCGGAAUUCGCAAUGGGCUACUACUGCGAAGUCGGUGUCGGCGGUCCGAAGAAUAUUGAACAAGCACGCAAGUGGUAUGGCAACGCGGCGAAGCACAACAACCCGGACGCACCGGCCAGGCUUGCUGCGCUCUCCAGCGCCCAGCCCGAAGGGCUGUCCAGAACAGACCACGAAAGUCUGACAAACUCAACACUGAUCCGCAGCAGGACGCUAGCGCGGGAGCGUUCCAUGUCCGAGGGCAAGACAGCCACCGGCGGGCGGAAAAAGGAGGAAGAGGCCUUGGCCGCCGCAAGACGCGCCUCGCUGCUCCGGUCCUACCAGACCGGUCUAGCGUCUGUGAACGAAGCCGAGGGUAUCUCAGAUAAUGAAGAUCAUCGCGGUUCCAUCGCUACGUCACUUUCGUCCUCGAGUUCUGUUGCCGCGGCUAUACCACCCUUAGCGCCAUCAAGGACUUCUUCACCAGGGUCGUCCCGGCCUACAACCCGACAAGGGCGCAAGGUCUCCCCCAGUCCACGCCCCGAGUCUAUUGCGAUGCCUUCUCUGGGACCGGCUUCCCUCCCAUCCACCCCGAAUGCGCUACCAAGUCAACCAAGUCAACCAAUCCCCCAAUCAGCCCCUUCUAACGUUGUGGAAACUAUUCAUGGACGUGGAUACAGCCUCUCAGAAACCAUCCUCCCCGGACCUGCGCCCCUGUCCACCCCUAACAUUCCAGGCACUCCUGGUUCUGCCGUGCCACCAAAGAAGGGCCCAGCCACGUUCGAGGAGAUGGGCUUCUACAGUCAGCCUCUAGAUCAGCAGAAGUGCGUGAUAAUGUAAACAAAGGACUAGAGACUCUGCUGUAUUCCUAUAUCC